AAGCAAUGCUGAAGACAACAUCAUGAUAGUCCGCUCACAGGUAUCACCACGUCCAUACACGAUCACCCUCCUCCGCUCAACCGAGGCCCUGGUUAGGUCUGCCUGUGGGAGACUAGUUAUAAUGCGAUCCCACGAUCUGCCGGGCUUGCAAGCCUGUAUUUGUACCUUUGAUUCACUUCACGACGAUUCUAGUCUUCGGGUGUUCCCCGCGGAUCCGAUGGCGCCUCGUGCGAGUCGAGUCUGCGCCAGUCAUAGGAUCUUGGACUACUAUUACAGAAGCAUAUCUACCUCGACUGACUUGCCGGUGAACUGGGAGACGGAAAAUAACCCCUAGUUGUAUCGAAUGACACGUGGUUGAGGCCGUGGGGAGAACCCUGCCUAAUUCAAGAGACAUGCUGCCUUCGGACUUGAGCCAGCCUCACGCUUCGGUGUCGCGGAAUAUCCACUUUGUUCAUAUACCACUGCUCCAGCGCCUGGCUGUGCUGCCUAUCUUCAUCCGCGGGCGAUGGUUACAUAGUUGGAGUGCCAACCCUCCAACCUCUGCAUGUUCGCUGGCCUGCGACCGCCACAGUUGCUUUUGUGGCACUUGUCCCCAAGUGAACCGACGAUCGCGCCGGGGUGUCUGGCUCUUAUAUCGUGCAAAUAGCUGCUAUUGGUUCUCCAUCAAGGCUACGCACGCGCCGUGUCUACAGACCGUUUUCUCCUGUAUACAACGAAGGAGUCGGUGCUCGGCGGUCCGAUCGCUGCCAGUGGCGCAUCCUGCCGCUAACGCCACCCCUCCGCCACUAUAUUACUGGCCACCGACGUCCCUAUUCUCUGUCCGUAUCAUCGGACUUCUACGCGCGCACAGUGACACAGAGACCGAGAUUGGUCCGCGGACUCAUCCGUCUCUACCCCGAGCAGGACUUCCGUCCGACACUCAAUGCGACAAAGACGCCUUCGACAAGUGGGGCGGCUUCGUGUGCUUCCUCGCGCUACUCAUACAUCUAAAGCUUCCUACCCGCGAUGUGCGGUUUCGUAUCUGCCGUACCGUUUCCCCCGCGCCGACAUCCCCAUGGCAGAUUCUGGCCUCGAUCUCCAUCUGAACGACACCGUGGGGUGCAUAUUCAUCGGGAUACUGUUUGAGACUAUGUACGUCAAUGUCUAGCUAUAUGCGGCCGGUG